UCGAUAUAUAAGUUUUAUCUUAACGAUUUUUUUCUUAUAUCUAAAAAUUUUAAUUACAGUAAUGUAGAUGAGAAAUACAUAUCAGUAGCGUCUAUGACGAAUGAUGGACUCGCCUUUGUCGUGCGAAAUGCUUCACAUGUAAUUAACACGCUCGCUUUGAAUGACUUUUUCAUUUUAAAGAUUAAGGAUUAAAGAUUAAUUUUUCACUUAAAGAGACAUCUCGUUUACCGAGGCGAAUGCGUUAUUAUUAGACAUUACUUCAACAGCAAUGUUAAUUAUUAUGAUGUCAGUUCUUCGAUCGAUUAAUGCAUUUGUGGGUCGGCCGUAAUGGCGCAUACCAGCAAAUAACCAUCGCAAUUGCAAUUUACACUAUUGAGUCUAGGGUACACAAAGACAGGUCACACUCAUAACGUAGCUAUUAUCAAGAUGAAGUGUUUAUUACUAUUCAUAUAUAUUUUUCAAAGGCACGACGUAUAUUCACCGAGUGUCAGUUUGAACAACGUUGCACAUAGAAGCAGCGAGUCUCGACAAUCGCGACGGUCUGUUUUUGCUGCUACAACUUGCCAUAAUACAAACAGAAUAGAAAUUACGUACUCAUUAAAAUGUAUCGACCGAUACUCUAUUGUGAAUGCUUGAUCCCUUGACACACUGGUCAGCCAUUCACGUGACUUAUCAGUCAAUCAAUAACUUAUCAAUGCCAUUUAUGCCAUUAGCUCUCGGAGAUAUAACGUCCGAUUAAUCCCGCCGCGUUUCAAUACUCUCUUGAACCUUUAGUUCCACAGAUUUCAUUUUAACGCUGCCUUGAACAGACAACUUUUUUAACACCGCGAAACAGCGAAAACAAAUAUUUAAGACAUCAUCAAGGUCAUAAUAAUACUGAAUCAUAUUAUUAGAAUUGAAAUUGAACCUAUCUUGCUAUUUUAGCUCCUACUGUACUGUAGAAUUAAAGGUUUAACAUAAGGCCAAAAUUUCGACUCGGAUUAAGUUGGCUAAAGCACACAGAUAUGUGCACACACACAUACACACACACGGGGCCCGUAAUAUGUUGUUUCAUACCUUCGUUGUCAAAAUGCCUCUCUCGUUUUCCGCACGAGGAGCACAGAAUCUCGCGGCCCGAAUCGGACGUUAUUUCGUGACUUUCGUCGAGUAUCUCUGCUCAGCUGAGUCACACAUCUUAUGAGCCAGCGUAAAUUGCGCGUUUUCGAUCGCAUCGUCGUCGGUGCAUCCGACUGCCGAGAUGCCACGCCAGGUCAGCCAGGAAAGAUAGAAGUUCACGAUGGGGCCGGGCAGGCCAGGAGUACGCCGACGCCGAGCCGGUGUAAGACAUCGGUGUCAUUAUCGCGCGGACAGUCCGCGACGAGCCGCGCACGAUCAACGGCGACGAGGGUGGCGCGGAAAUUGGCCAGGAGAGCGCACAGUUUGCUUCCAAAUGUAACCGAGCGCUUGACAUUCCCGCAGACCGUGAAAAUGGUGUCCAUAAAGAAACUCGCGAUAGGCGGUGCCGCCAUGUUCCUUUUCGGCAUUCUCUUCGGCUUCGUGGGGUUCCCCAAGCUGCUCCGCUCGCAAAUCAAGAAGGCAAUCGCGUUGAAGCCGGGCAGCGAGAUACGUGAAAUGUGGACGGCUUUCCCGCUGCCGCUGGACUUUAAAGUCUAUAUGUUCAACGUAACCAACGCUGACGAGAUCAUGCAAGGUGGGAAACCGAAGCUGCAAGAAGUGGGGCCUUUUUUCUACGACGAGUACAAGGUGAAGUUGGACCUGAUAGACCGGGAAGACGACGACAGCGUGGAGUACAGUAUGAAGUCAAUAUGGUAUUUCAAUAAGAAGAAGAGCAACGGUCUGACCGGGGACGAGGACAUGGUGUUUCCUCACCUUAUGAUCCUCGGCAUGGUGAUGGCCACCCUCAGGGACAAGCCCGCCGCAGUCGGGGUCGUCGGCAAGGCGGUGAACAGCAUCUUCCACAAUCCGGACUCGAUAUUCGUGAAGGCCAAAGCGAAGGAUAUACUCUUCGACGGUCUGCCGGUCGACUGCACGGUGACGGACUUCGCGGGGGCGGCGGUAUGCAACGUGUUGAAAACGGAGGGCAAGGAAUUGAUACCGGACGGCGAGGGUCGCUACAAGUUCUCCCUCUUCGGUGGGAAAAACGGAACCGUCGUGCCGGAGCGCAUGCGAGUCAUGCGCGGCAUCAAGAAUUUCAAGGACGUCGGACGUGUCCUGGAAUUCGACGGCAAGCCCGCGCUAGACAUCUGGCCGGAGGAUCACUGCAACCAAUUCAACGGCACCGACUCGACGAUUUUCCCGCCUCUUUUCGGGCCGGACGACGAUAUCGUCUCAUUCGGCUUCGAAAUCUGUCGGAGUCUCAGCGCACAUUUCAGUCACCACACCAAGGUCAAAGGCGUCAACACUCUUCGUUACACGGCGAAUCUUGGUGAUGGUAGCAAAAAUGAGGACGAGAAGUGCUUUUGCCCGACACCGGAAACCUGUCUGACGAGGAAUCUCUACGACAUGACGAAAUGUCUGGGCGUUCCCAUCAUCGGUUCCCUGCCGCACUUUUACGAUUCCGAAGAGAAGUACCUGACGAUGGUCGACGGCUUGAAUCCUAAGCAGGAAAAUCACGAGAUCGACAUGGAUUUCGAGCCAAUGACGGCUACUCCGAUACGCGCGCACAAGAGGUUGCAGUUCAACAUGUUCGUACAUCCGGUACCCAAGUUCAAGCUGAUGAAGACCUUCCCUGAGGCGUUGCUGCCGUUGUUCUGGGUGGAGGAAGGGAUACUUCUCGAUGACCAAUUCGUCAACAAGGUGAAGAUAGUGUUCAAGGCGAUAAUAGCCGUCAACUUUAUCAAAUGGCUCUCGGUGCUCGGCGGGAUAGGAAUGGGUUGCGCGGCUGGCGCGUUGUACUAUAAGAAUCGCGACACCGGCAAGCUCGAGAUCACGAAAGUCACCCCGAAGCUCGACAGCAGGGCGGACAGCAAAAUGGAGAAGAACUGGCCGCCCGGCAUGAACAUCAGCACGAUACAAGCGGCGUCGGUGCCACCCAGCCUCGAUAGAAAUUGAAGCGAUUUUAGCAGCAGGUUAAUAUCAGUAUUAACGUCACGAGGAUUUAUCCUAACAGGCUCGGAUAUUUUUCUAAUUGAAAUUAUCCAAGUAGCAGAGUGAUGUCAAAUAUCACGUUAACGGCAAUGACCGUAUCUGAUAUCAAAUGAUGUUCUCUGACGUCACUCUGCUCUAGGUAUUUCUCAACAAUAUGCGAUAAUGAACGUACAACGACGAUACAUUAUCGAUGGGCUGAGUGUGACAGUGGUCUAAUUUUCCCGCAUUUUCCAAAGUAUGAAAUAAAUCUCAAGGUUGAAAAUAUUAGCCAUAUUAAUUUCUUCAUAUUGUUUCUUAAAAAAAACUAAAGGUAGAUCCAAUGAUCAUUGUUGCAUGAAACCCUCAUACCAGGUCUGUUUCCUGCUCCUGAACUAGGUUACAUUUUUUACCGUUAGAGUGAGACAAGUAGAUAGCUUAGCGUUGAAGAGAAAAGGAACAAAGUCCUAGUGCGGUCCUAGUUCGGCAGAAACAGAAAACAGACCUAUCGAGUGAUAAUUUCUUUAAGAUAUAUGAGGAAUUAAUUUGUAAAAAGCUACUAAUAACAAAGGAAAACGCGAGGAAUAAUGAAGUUAUCCUUUUUUAUUAAAAUAGAAAAGAAAAACAUUGAAUAUAUUGCGGCGUUACAUGUAAUUACAAUGUAUCUGACUGCAGUUGGUUUUUCAAACUCUAGCAGAAGGACAGAUAAAUUUCCCAAAGAAGAUAGAUAAGGACUAUAUAGCUAAGAUUCAAACAAUAUUAUGAAAUAUAUAUUUCAAAUUGACUAUUUAACUACCUCGUUGUAAGAGUGUUAAAGUGUCUCUUAAAGUUUUCAGUAAUGCACUUUUAUGUACAAUACAAUCGGCUCAAUAUCUAUGUUUUGCGGUUUCUUAAGUUCUCGAUUGUCUAUAGUAUAUGUAUAUUUUUGAUGUUGUUCUGAAUUUUUUAACGCUCUGUAAAAUUAGAAAUCUUGAUUUUAAUGAUGAUUCAGCACGAUUUUAGAAAGUUUUAAAAAAACUAAGCACCGCCGACCCCACAUAACGGAAAUGUCCAAAAUACAUCAUAGGGAUAUCCUAAAGAUGCUGUGUGGGAUGAAAGACUGCACGCGCAAAAUAUGCCUGAUAGUCUUAAGAAAAUCAUUUAGCGUUUUCUAGUCAGAGCAGAAAUGAAUAUUAACAAUACUUAUUAUCAUCUAACUGCACACGAGUAGAUGAAACAGCAGGCGCCAACAAAGAACUAAAUUCCCAAAGAACUAUAUCCGGCGAGAAAUGAACAUUUGAAUUGACGUCAAAUCGACACAAUCGAAUUUCAUUUCGAAACAAUCGAAAUUACAUCGAAUCGACGUCGAUUUGACAUCGAUGAGUUAUUUCUCGUUGGGGAUGUGUUGAAAUAAAUUAAUCCAUUUUUAACCUGGAGAUAUAUGCGUUUAUUUUUUAGCAAAACUACUCGAGUGCUAUUGACCGCUCUCAAAGAUAAUAAUACUUAAGUACUUCCCAAACAAUUAGUGCGCCUAAAAAUGUUUAAAAAAAAACUGCGAGGAAAAUAAAUGUAAUAUUAAAACUGUAUAAUAUUAGUAUUACAUUUGAAUUAUCUUGAAUUCAAAGCCUGAUCUGUUCGCAUACACUUAAUUUUAGUACAUUAUAUUUAAUUUUAAUAGAUGAAACAAU